GCGUGAUGUCAGCCCGGCGUCGGAGACAGUUACAUCAGAGCCUUGCCGGUGUGGUGUUACGACUAUUACUUCCGUAUAAACUGUGGCCGGUAGAAGCGCUCACGAAGCUCAUCUGAUAGUCUCUUUGUAAAGCUUCUCCAAAGCAACUCAAGAUGUCAUCUUACGAAGAAGGAAAUGAUUCAAAGUUAAUGCGGAAAGUGAAGGAGAAUCCCUUUGUUCCAUUGGGAUUGGCUGGAUUUAUUGGUAUUGUUGGACACCAGCUGUACAAAAUGAAAAAUCGAGGGGACACAAAAAUGUCAGUGCACUUGAUUCACAUGCGUGUAGCUGCGCAAGGUUUUGUGGUUGGAGCCAUGACAGUAGGAGUCCUGUAUUCAAUGUACAACGAGUACAUUAGGCACCCCAAAGAAGAGCAGAACACUGGAAAACACAACUGAACAGAGACUUUUAUAAUGAGUUUUUUGUGUCUUUAAUACUCACAUUUAUAGAUGUACAUUCAGAGGCUAACAGAUGACUAAAAACCAACUAAUGGUGUGCCCUUCUACAGAAAUUGUUUGCCAUUGCAAAUGUAACUGGGGUGGAUGCUUGUGAGAAUUAUGGCAACACUGGUGUAUUUUCUUCUAAUGUUUCAGUUUAGUAUACAAAAUUAAAUUUGUUGCACAUAAAUAUGACUAUUUAUGACCAGCAUAAAUUGGACUAUAGUAAUGACUACAAAUGGAAGGUCCUGGCUUUCAUAGUUAUUUAUCAUUGUCCUAUUGAAAGUCAGCUAUACUUUUAUGUUGUAAUUUGGGUUUUUGCCUAAUUAAAAGCAUUUCCAUAUUAAAUGCUUUUAAUUUGUUUUUGGGUUUUUUUUCUGUAAAAUGUUCACCUCUCCUCACAAAAGGUUUAACAGAUGUUUCCACACUGUUACAAGAAAAAAAAAAUUCAUGAUUUUUGUUAUAAGAACUUCUACUAAAAUGCUGAUUUUUAUUCAUUGAGACUCUCUGUAUUGUACUGUAAACUUUUUUUAAAAUAUACCGGCAUUCAUUUAUUUUUGCAAUGAGAUAUGAAUGAUACAAAAAAAAUUAAGCGAGUUUUAUAUAUAUAUAAACUGUGGUAUAGCUUGUUAAAUACAAUGUAACUUGUUUCAGUGGCAAACAUUAAUUAGUUCCUAAAGUAUUUCCAGGGCUGAUUAUUAUUGUAUGCAAGUAUGUACCCGGCUAUUUGUGAAAGUCGCCUUCAUUUCCUGAAAUAGUUUUGAAUCUCUGCUGUGUGUACACUUAUAUUACGUGCUGUACCUGGAACAGUUCUUAGUUUCAUAUUUUAUAUGAUAAUAUCCACAGCUAGUUGUUCAACUCACUUUUGGUAGCUACUGAAUUGAGCUACCACUGUUUCCAAAAUUGUUUCCUUUCUUCAUUCAUUAAAUAAUCUUCCUGUAACUUCAAAAAAAAU